CUCGCACAUGCAGAGGGUAAUUUGUUGAAAUAGGUCAGUCACUUUCUACCUGCAGGCUGUUGGUGAUUAGGCCAGGAUGACGACACCUCUUCACGCCCAAACCCCCCGCCCGCCUAUGACCUACAGUCUACUGAGAUUUGGGUUUGUGCAACCAUUAUUACCAAUAUGAAGACAUCACUGGUGAUGAUUUUGUUUGCUUUGAACAAAAUUGUAGCAUGACGCUGUUGACAAUUUUGACAACUACAAAUAGUAAUGAGAAACUAGUUUAAUAUUGAGCAGUGUUUCUCAAACUUCUUACAUCAAGUACCACCUUAAAAAAUAUUCAGCACUCCACGCAAAACCAUCACAAUCAAAAUUAAACUACAGUAGCAUAGUAAACCCAUAUGUUCAGCAAACACGAAUGAAGUUUUAUUCUUAAAAGAUAGCUCUAAUACUGUAACGCUUUGUACAUGAAGUCAAGAAAUGAAAUUAAAAAUCAAAAUGUAUUGCACAUCAAAGUUGAUUGAAAAUUACAACUAAAUAAUGGCUUUAAAAGAAACAAUUCCCCAACCUUACAUGCAAAUGUUUUCAACUUCAAAGUUAAAUAAAACUGAACUGUACAUAGACAGUGCUUCUUUCAUUUACCACUUGAGGGUGCUUGCAUACCACUAAUGGUCCUCGUACUGUACUUUGAAAAUCAUUGAUAUUCUAGAUAUGCAAUGAUGUUACAUUACAAAAAAAGAAGAAGCAAGAUUUCUCUUGAUAGCAGCAGCGUGAAAUUCAAUUUCAGAUGCCAACGUGGUUUGCCCCACUUUCUGUUUCAACAUCACAUUAAUGAUUUUUAAUUAAAUUUGCCAGUUUACUGCGAACAUUUGAUUUUGAUUUUGAAUGUGGCUCUGGUUUUUAGCUGGCACACCAAAGUGUUGGAACUAUUCUGGUGGGAUACAGGGCCGAGGGCCACCAAAAAAUCCAGAAAAAUCCCAGCAACUGUUUUGCUGCAGCAAAAUUAACAAAAAGAUGUGAUGUCGCGCUUUCUCAAAAUAAGAAUGAUUUAUUUGAAUACAGUAUAUAAAACAACAUAUUACUUGCAACACUGGUUUAGUAAAUGAAAUGUGAAGAAUUUAAGCGCGACAUUACAUCCUAUAUUUCUAUGUUUGGACAUCUCUAAUACAGCUUGUGACCCGUGACAUCGCAGCCAUGCAUUUUGUGUAAUAGCAGUGGAGAAACAUAACCCUAUUGCACUAAAACUAGAAAUGUUGGGUAACGUCAAUUGACUUUUUUUUUUUUUUGUCUCCAGGAUAGAACCAAACGUGGCAAGCUGGUUUCCGUCUUGAUGUAGGUGGCAAACAAGACUUUCUUGUGGUCUUUCUUCCCCUUGCAGAUUGUCAGUGCCUGCCUUCGGUCCGUAGCAGCAGUUCGGCGCGAUGGCGUUGGACGAGGACGUAAGCUAGGUGGCCGCACAGCCACACGAAUCAAUGCGAAAGAGACUGCAAAAGCCGCACGCGCGACGGGAACCGUGCCCGCGCUGAGAGCACCGGGAAUCUUCAGCAGCGGCAGCCGAGCGGAGGGAGCCCUCGCUCGGCCACAAGAAGCACACGCUCCGCCCGGACUCUCACUCAUGACUCGCAUACGCGCAAACUCCUUAUCUCUCUCCGGAGGUUUGCGUCUCCGCCGACAGGCUUGCUAAGGUGUUUUAGUCUCCUUAUUUAUUUAUUUGAACAGUUGUUGGCGGCUGACAGUCGAACCAAGACGAUUGAAGUGCGCCUUGACGCGGACAGCUCGGACUUCUUUGGCUGGAGGGCGAGAGGAGAAAAAAAAAAAACACACACACACUGACCAAAAACAGUCCUUUUCUGUCACUUCUUUUUCUUUUUUUUUCUUUUUUGUGUCCAACGACUUUCAACCGGGAAGCCGCCUCUCAGCUCUCUGAGGAUGAGAGUAAAUUAGACGUGUUGAUCGAGGCUUUGAGCUUGUUUUACUGGAUUUAUUUUGGCUGUGGCGAGCAAAGACCCGGAGAGGAGCGGAGCUGCACGUAAUAAAAAAAAAAAAAAAGAAAGAAAGAAAGAAAAAAGCGAAAGAGGUCCGCGUGAUUGUGCUAAAAUGCAUCAUCAUCAACAGCGGAUGGCAGCGUUGGGCACAGACAAGGAACUGAGUGACUUGCUGGAUUUCAGCGCGAUGCGAAACAGCGAUUUGAAAAUGUUCCCAUCAUCAAUGAUGUUUUCCCCUCCUGUUAGCAGUGGAAAGAAUGGACCGACCUCCCUGGGGAGUGGACAUUUCUCCGGCUCAAAUAUGGAGGAGAGAAUAAGUGCAGGGUCAUGGGUGAGUGGAAGUCGUCCGUCGAAGAGCUACGCUGAGGGAUCUCAAUACAUCACAUCGCAUGAGAGCCUCUCACCUCCUUACGCCAACUCCAGGCUACCAGGUAAAACAGAGAGGAGUUCAUAUUCGUAUGGCAGAGAAUCCAACCCGCACUGCCACCAGUCAGUAUUGGGGGGCGAGAUGGCUUUGGGGAGUCCCGGUGCCACGUCGCCCACCAAGCCACCCAGCCAGUACUACCAGCACUACAGCAGCAACCCCCGCAGGAGACCACUGCAUAUGGACUCCAUGGAAAUUCACACCAAAAAAGUACGGAAGGUCCCUCCAGGCUUGCCGUCCUCAGUAUACGCGCCAUCUGCCAGUACAGCUGACUACAACAGGGACUCACCAGGCUAUCCCAACUCCAAACCAACGAGUGCUGGCUUCCCAAGCUCAUUCUUUAUGCCAGACGGUCACCACAGCGGCGACCACUGGAGCAGCAGUAGCAGCAAUAUAAACCAACAGGGUUACCACGGCAGCAUGCUGGGAGGGGGGAAUUCUGCUCACGGCCCCUCCCAGAGCUCAUCCUAUUGUGGGGUUCACCCUCACGACAGACUGAGCUACACGACACAUUCAUCAGCAGACAUCAACUCCAGCCUCCCCCCCAUGUCCAGCUUCCACCGAGGAACAGGCACCGGGAGUGGGACCAAUCACUACAGCACCGCCGCUUGCUCCACUGCUCCCACCAACGGCACAGACAGCAUUAUGGCUAACCGAGCACAGAGUGGGGCAGCCAGUAGCUCUCAGACAGGAGACGCCUUAGGGAAAGCACUGGCAUCGAUCUACUCCCCAGACCACACAAACAACAGCUACUCAUCCAAUCCCUCCACUCCAGUGGGCUCCCCGCCCACCCUCACAGCCGCCAGUUCAGCUGUUUGGUCCAGGAACGGCGGGCAGGGAGCAUCGUCGCCAAACUAUGAGGCUCCACUACACUCCCUGCAAAGUCGCAUUGAGGACCGGUUGGAGCGUUUGGACGAUGCCAUCCAUGUACUGCGAAGCCAUGCUGUGGGCCCAUCAACAGCCAUGACCAGUGGGCACAGUGACAUGCACAGCCUUAUCGGAGCUGCACAUACGCACAACGGCGCUAUGGGUUCUUUGGGAAGCGGCUACGGCACAGGACUGUUGUCAGGCAACAGACACUCACUAAUGGUGAGCUCUCACAGAGAAGACAGCAGCAUGGGGGCUUUACGUGCUGGACACUCAAUGGCCGCCGGUCAGGUGCCUCAGCUGCCUGCUCAGUCAGCCACCUCGCCAGACCUCAGUCAACCCGACCCUUACCGUGCUUUGUCUGGAGGCCUUCAGGGCCAGAGCACCUCCUCCAUCAGCUCAGAGAUCAAGUCUGAGGAUGAGGGAGACGAGAACCUCCUGCAGGACUCCAAACCCUUGGAUCCCAAGAAGGAAGACAUCGACAGCAAGGAUCUCAAAGGAAUUGAUAGGUCAAGAUCUAGCAACAACGACGACGAGGACCUGUCUCCAGAGCAGAAGAUGGAGAGGGAGCGGGAACGGAGGAUGGCCAACAACGCUCGAGAGCGUUUGCGAGUACGCGACAUCAACGAGGCGUUCAAGGAGCUCGGCAGGAUGGUCCAGUUGCACUUAAAGAGCGAUAAGCCACAGACCAAGUUACUUAUCCUCCACCAGGCCGUGGCAGUCAUCCUCAGUCUGGAGCAACAAGUCAGAGAGAGAAACUUGAAUCCGAAGGCAGCCUGCCUGAAACGCCGUGAGGAGGAGAAGGUUACCGUGGCAUCAGACGGGACUCCCCUCUCGCUCGCUGCAGCGCAUCAUGCCGCCAUGGGCGAUGGGUCAAAUCCAUUGGGACAAAUGUAAAAUGCAGCAACAUCUUCUCCCCUCCAUAAAUGGUCCAAGGUGCCAGAGUUCAUCAAAAUGAUGAGUGACCACUUCCUCUGACAGUGUUUCUACCCCACCCAAGUAAUCAAACAAACCUAUGAUUACUUCAACUUGACCAAUCGAGAUUCUCCGGACCAAUCAGAUUGGCCUCAAUAUUUCCUCUCAUAUCUUCUAAUCCUCCUCUUCACCUUUGCCUCCUUCUUCUAUCAAGAAAACAAACUGCAAAAGUCAGAAGUUGCUUUACAGUUCCAGUUGAAGUGAAAUUCUACUUUGUGGAGAUGUUGGCCAAUACAACAUGACUAUUUUCAAGCAGCUGUUUGUGGGAGAUUUUUGUCAUGAAGUUACUGCAAAGGGAAAAAAAAAACUAUGGCUUGACCAAUCAUUUUAGAAAUUAUUCUACUUUUACAACUAUUAGCAUUCCCAGUUUUAAAGGACAUUUGGCUUCUAAAUAAUCUAUAGGUAGCACUGUAGAGGUAAAAUAUAUAUAUAUAUAUAUAUAUAUAUAUAUAUAUAUAUAUAUAUAUAUAUAUAUAUAUAUAUAUAUAGGAAAACAACAAAAAAACAACUCGACACACGCAGUGAGCAGUAUAGGGAAAAGGGGGGGGCAACCAAAACAUAUCAAGUAUUUGAAAGGUUUUUUUUCGAGCAACAAUGUGCAGCCUCAACAUGUCUCUGACUGAAUGGCAAACUAAUCCCACACUGUGGAGGAAGCUGAAAAAUAAAACAAAAUAAUUUGAUAUACAAGGAGAAACAGCACACAAAAAAUAAAACAAACACUCAAAGUUUCUUACAGGCCACAAGCAUUCGCAUAUUGAGUGUGGGCUGCAGAGCAAAGCAUUUUUAGGAUGCUAAAAUCUUUGAGAUGGCAAUGGCUGAAAAAAUUAAUUUUAACCCUGAAAGUCAUUCAGUAAAAGCAGAACUCUACAAAUUCCCCUUCUUAAAAAGGACAAAAGUAAUAUCUAGAUCUUCACUCAUGUUCAAUGCAAAUAACCAUUUAAAGCUUAUAAUAGCAAUCCAUCCAUUUUCUAUACCACGCAUCCUCAUUAGUGACAGGGUGAGCUGCAUCCUAUCCCAGUUGACUUCAGGGAAGAGGCAGUGUAGACCCUGGAUUGGUCGCCAGACAAUUGCAGCAUUUCUUAGACUACAAAAAUAGUAAGACAAAUUUAAAGAGGCUGGGUUAUUUCAAUCACAGAAAGUUUGGAAAUUGCACAAAGAGAGCAGAAAUCAUACAGUAAUGACAAGAAUACUAAAACAUUUGUCAGGAAGAUUUUUGGUAAUGCAAAAUGAUCAUUGACGUUUACAAAAACAUCCCAACUUAUACCGUAUCUUUGCAUGAAAGAAGGCUACAGGAUAGAAAAAAAAAAUUUGGAAUAGGGCUGAGCAAUGAAGUGUAUCUUAUUACACGUUAUGCACAUUCCACAAAUACACCACUCAAUGGAUGCAACUAUGAGUGCUGAGUAAGUCAGACCAGGUAUCAAAUGGACCAACUUCCAGAGAAAUUUCAAUGGACAAAGAGAAUAUUAAAUCACAUAGAGACAAUGGUGAUGAAGCUAGGGAAGGCAAACGAACAAUCAUCAGUGUGGGAGUAUCACAUGGGUGAAUGACUUCACAUGCCUUGUUGGUUGGUUCUUAAAAGAACCACUAAAAACAUGAGGGUUUUUCCUUUCAUGUACAUGCAUAAAACCUAAAAGAACAGACUACACUAGAAAGCAAGAAAGAGGAACUAGUAAUACAUUACUUCUUGUCUAAUCAUCUGUUUCCAGUCCGCAUUUGGGUUGUGGAUAACUUUUCAAAUUUUGGACCAUAUUUUCUUUCAAUUUGAAUUCAGACCAUCACUUGUUUGGUGUAGAAGGGUCCACUGUCCUUUUUAUCCAGCCACUUACACUGACAAGUCCUGUGAUUUUUUUUUUUCAUGUUGCAUGUAAAAUGAUGGGCAUCAUCUGAUCAGUGAUUUCAAAUAUAAAUAUGAGAUACUGUACUGCAUUUUAACAGUAAAAGUCGUGACCUGAUGGUAUCAGGUUGCAUUGAAUGUCAAACAGAGGUCAAUCUUCUGGUAAUAGAUGAAACUAACUAGAACAUAAUUUUAUUCACCACCAGUUUUAGAUAUUUGAAAGCCAAUAUGUUUUAUUCCCAAUCUCAGUACUGGCCUUUCUGCUGGCCCUAGCCUUAUGAGCCCUAAGACUGAGGUCUAGCUCCCCCGCCCUCAAGCCCUAACCCCCAGAGUGGUCCAAGAGAUGCAAUUUGAACAUUCACACUUCUACCAAUGUGCCUUUUUAGAGUUCAUAUCAUUGGAGUUGCCAGAGGAGGACCUUGUCUUUCAUAGGAUGCAAGCUUAGGGAAACCUGUUGUUGGUCAUUAGGUUCUAUGCAGUCAGGUUUUUGUACCAGACCUGGGAAUUUAAAAAUAAAUUUUAAAAAAAAGGUUGAAAAAAAUAAAUGGAAAAAAAUAUUUUUGGGAUAAAAAAAAACAAACAAAACAAAAAUAAAGUGUAUUUGAUGUACUGUAUGCUUAUGUGUAACUAGAGCGUGUUCUGACAGACACUUUUGAUUUAGCAAAACAAGCCCUCAUUCCAGUUCUCCUUGCUCCUUGGAAAGCACCCAUUAUCCUGAACCAAGCCCAGUUUUCAUGGUGAAUGCGUCUCUUCUUGUAAUAUAGCUGACCAACUUUUUAUCAAUAUUUGAUGGGCUUUUCCUUGAGCCAAUGUAGUCUUCAGUACAACGUGUGUGGUUGAAUGUUGUAAAGCGCUUUUUUCCUCCUUUUAUUUUAUUUUUUUUAAGGAAAAUGAUUUUCUUGUUAACUUUAAUUUGGAUGUUCUGGUUUAUAUGUCUAUUACAGAAAAUGUAAAAAAAUAGAAAUAAAAACAAAAAUUUAACAAAAUCAACACAAUUUGCUAUUAUUAGUGUUGUUCUCUGACAAGCGUCAAUUUUGACAAUUAAAAUUCUACUCAAUCAUCAAGAAAGCACGCAAACUGGAAAAUAAUCUAUUUGAAUAGAUCAAUUUAUAUAUAAAUGUAUAAAAAUAUAUACAGUAUAUGAGGAGGGUGAUAUUUUCCAUUCUUUUUUGUUGUUGGUUUAUCUUUAUUUUUUUUUUUCUUUUGUCGCAAACGAGUGUUUGUUUGGGGAGGAAAUAUUUUUCCAAAGACUGAACCAUCAGGCCCCCAGUGUUAAAAAUCAUCAAAUGACUCUGCUACAUCUUCUUAAGUUGCCAUGACAACCUCUGCCUCUAACUAAUAUGGCGCCCUGCACAGGACAAAAUGGCACCGGAGGUCCGACAUACUACACUCGCUGUUAUUCAUCAUGGCAGUGACACACAGACAUUGUAAAUUGUAUGCAACAAAACAGUAAACCGAACCCAUAUUUUAAAAUUGUGUAUGUAAAAGUUAUAUUUUUACAUGUAGAUGUUGUUAUUUGUGUUACUAGAAAAAUGUUUGUUUUGUUUGUUUUGAGGGUUGUUUUUUAAAUGUGUUUUUAAAAAAAAAACUCAUAUUGAAAUCAUUGUAAGGUCAGAAAUUCUCAUAAUGUUUUUAUUUUUGUUUGUUUUUUUUUUUUUUUUUUAGAUCAUGCUGGAGAUAAUAGGGAUCUCAGGAUGAUUACGCUGAUGAGAUCAAAACAGAUAUACAGUAUGGUAUUUGUUCGAAUCCCCAUGCCUCAUAAUAUGUCCAUUGUAAUUGUAUUUUUUGCAGCUAAAUGUGUAAAUAGUCACAAAUCAAUUUCUGUGAGGUUUCAGUGGGGUGAGGACUUGCCUGUGAGAUGUGAUGAUGAAGCUGUUUUUAAUAAAAUAGUAUUUGUCUGGUUACAAUAGCCAGUUGCCAACUCUCCAUUGUCAGUGGUACAUGGGACUGUUGUUGUAGUUGCAGCGGUAGUUUAAAACACAUUAUUGUCUACAUUUGCUCUCGGAACAACUUCUGUCACAGCCAGCCCGUGCCAUUUUCAUUUGGUUGCGAAGAAAAAUCAAUUUUUCUACUUCGUUGUACAAAAUUUGAUUGUCUUCGUAACAGAACCCUGGACUGUGUAUUGAGUAAUUGUGAUUUUAAUUUACUUGAAUUGUUAAAAAAAAAUACCUGGCGUACCCAAAGAAAAUCGAUUCAACGGCAUGCGGCGAUGGGCCCGUUUAGACACCUGUGCAUUUAUUUCUUCAAGCUGCAAAUGAAAGUCCCGCGGAGCACGAACCAUGAUCAAGUUUUGUAAAAACAACAACAAUCGUAUCAGCUAUUGUUGUGCAAGGCAGUUUCAGUUUAUUUUCAGAGUUUGCCGUCACAAUUGACUUUUGUCUCAAAAGGCCGUGUUGCUUUGAACGCUAGGAUUGAAUUGGGAGGUGUAAAAUAAAUCUUUUUUUGACUAAUGUUAUUUUUGCAACAUUUAAUGUCAUAUGUUCUAUUUGUUUUAUGGUCAUAUCAUUUCACAUUGUCAUUUUCUGUUACCCCUGCUAUUUUUAUUAGCCAAUGUGUUUUUACUUUUUUUCUCCCCUCCUCGUUGUACAUCCAUCUCAUUUCUUAGUUUCAGUGACUGUGCCAAGAGCUUUUGUAUAUCUGUUACAUUGUACCAGUUUUGCUGCAAUAAUGAUUUGAAUUCAAAAAUCUCAA